AUGCCUGGUCGCGCUGCUGUCCAUGGACACGAGAGCAUUGCACUUGCCUCGGAGGCAGGAAGCGGAGCAGGCACUCAGCUGGCGUCUGCUGGGCAACCCUGGGUGUACCACUCGUUGAUCCCUGACAGCAUUGGCCCUCGAACCCCAACGGGCGGCGCUCUGAUGGACAGCACACCAACGCUCGUCGCCGUCGAAACGCGCAACGGCGUCCCCACCAGCAUUACCGACACUGGCGAGACCAUCCAGGACGCCGUCCAGAAGAAGAUGAACAUGUCGCCGUCGCAGGCAGAGCUGCUGCGUCUCCGGUCCAGCUCAUCGAACAAGAGCGACGCUGCAGAGUUUGCCUUUGAGAACUUUGCCAAAAAAUUCUUUGUAGCGCAGAAGGCUGGCAUCUUUCGUCGGAAAGUCUCGCUCGCGGCCAUGUCCCGCUGGACGUCGGCCCCGAUCGCCUCGACACUCACCGUCAUCCAACUCAAUCCCAAGCACAAGAACGUGGUCAAGGACGCCAUCAACAUUUUCCGCCUCAUCCAGAUGGUCAUGGGCGACCGCGAGCUCCGCAAGUUCCCCACCGUCCCGCACGUAAUCCAGCACAUCCUCGAGAAGGGCUUGUUUUUGCCCGAAAUCCGUGACGAGAUCUUUUCCCAGCUGUGCAAGCAGAUUGCCGGCAACCCACACCUCGAAAGCCACGUCAACGGCUGGGUACUGCUCUCCGUGAUGGUCUGGAUGUUCCCUCCCUCGCGGAAUAUGGAAAACUAUCUCAAGCACUUUGUGCUGAUGCACUACGACGAUUCCGAGCCUCGCGUCAACACGCUCGCGCGCUACUCGUUCAAGAAGCUGAUGCGUGUGUGCGAAACCGGUGCGCGCGCUCGCGUUCCCACGCUGCCCGAAAUCGAGCGUGCUCGUGACGCGCCCUUCAACCCCUCCGUGUUUGGCUCCACCCUGGACGACAUCAUGUCGAUGCAGACGGGCAAAAUGCCCGACGUCAAGCUGCCCCUCGUGCUCACUUCCCUCACCGAAAGCGUCCUCCGCCUCAGCGGUGCCAAGACGGAGGGCAUCUUCCGCGUGCCCGGCGACACGGACGCUGUCUUUGCGCUCAAGCUCAAGAUUGAGCGAGCGGAUUACGCCAUCGCCUCGGACGACCCGCACGUCCCUGCCUCGCUCCUCAAGCUCUGGCUCCGCGAACUGGACGAGCCCAUCAUUCCGACCGAAUUCUACCCCGACUGCAUUAAGAACGCCAAGGAAGCCACACAGGCGAUCGCCAUCAUCGACGGUCUGCCGCAAAUCAACCGUGACGUUGUGCGCUACCUCAUUUCCUUCCUCAAGCAGAUCGGCGAGCCGGGCAACCAAGCCGUCACCAAGAUGAGCCUGGACAAUCUCGCCAUGGUUUUCGCGCCAUCCUUCUUGCGGUGUCCCUCCGAGAACCCUCAGACCAUUUUCGAAAACACUCGCCACGAGCAAGAUUUCACACGAACUCUCCUUGAACACCUCAACUAA